AUCAAUUGAGUGAAGAAACUUCCUCUUUCAAUCCAAUUGUUUGCCCAAAAUGAAAUCGUCAAGCUCUCUUCAUCUUCUACAAUUUCAAUUUACAAGCUCCUCAUCCCCAAUUUCACUCUUCAAUGGCUGCCCAAAACCCCAUCUCCAAUUUCCCUCUUCAUCUCUUCAUCUUCAUCAUCUUCCUCUCUCCCGCACCCACAUCUGCAACUUCUCUAUCCUUCAAUUUCACCUCCUUCGACCCCGCCAACACCGCCAUCGCCUACGACAGGCCAUUCGUAGCCAAUCAAGCCAUCGAGCUCACCGGAGACUCAGCGAACAGCAACAUGAACUUCGUCGGCCGGGCCACCUACUUCCAGCCCUUGCAUCUCUGGGACAAACCCUCCGGAAACCUCUCCAGUUUCCAAACCCACUUCUCCUUCAGCAUCAAUUCGAGGGGAUCGAAUGAAUAUGGAGAUGGCUUCACUUUCUUCUUUGCUCCCAAUGGUUCUAGGCUCGAGCCCAAUGUCUCCAGAGGCAGCGGCUUGGGGAUUGGCUACGACCCUGAGCUCUCCAAUGCCACUGCUACGUUUUUCGCUGUGGAGUUUGACAUCUUCAGCAACGAUUUUGACCCACCUGGAAUGCGGGAACAUGUAGGUAUUGAUGUUAAUUCUAUGAAAUCUGUUGCUUAUUCAAUGUGGAAAUCUGAUGUAAAGGGAGGGAGGAGGAGUGAUGUCUGGAUUAAGUACGAUUCUGUGACUCAUAAUUUGAGUGUUGCUUUCACUGGGUUUGAGAAUAACAACACGGUGUGGCAAACACUUAAUUAUAUUGUGGAUUUGAGACAACAUAAUCUUACUGAAUGGGUUACUUUUGGGUUCUCUGCUUCCACUGGAUUUAGGUAUGCAAUGCAUACCCUGUAUUCUUGGUAUUUUAACUCCACCCUCAACUUGAAAUCUAAUAUUCCUGUGGUUGUCCCAAGUGAUCCCAGUGAUGGAAACAACAAGGUGGGUCUAGUGGUUGGAGUGGGAGUUGGAGUUGGAGGAUUUAUCUUGGUGGGUGGGUUGAUCGUGGUAGGGAUAGUUUUUUGGAGGAAGAAGAACAAGAAGAUGAACAUGGAUGAUCAAGAGGAUAUUGUGUUGGAUGAGAGUGAGUUUGAAAGGGGUAAAGGGCCUCGAAAGUUUUUGUAUAGUGAACUGGUUCGAGCCACAACGAAUUUCGACGAGGGUGAGAAGCUUGGUGAGGGAGGAUUUGGGGGUGUUUAUAGAGGUUUUUUGAGGGACUUGAAUUGUUAUGUUGCUGUGAAGAAAGUGUCAAAAGGGUCUAGACAAGGGGUAAAGGAGUAUGCAUCUGAGGUGAAGAUCAUAAGCCAACUGAGGCAUAGAAACUUGGUGCAACUCAUUGGUUGGUGCCAUGAAAGAGGUGAGCUCUUGUUGGUUUAUGAGUUCAUGCCAAAUGGGAGCUUAGAUGCCCAUCUUUUCAAACAAAAUAGCUUCUUGACAUGGGAGUUCAGGUACAAAAUUGCUCAAGGAAUUGCCUCAGCUUUGCUGUAUCUACAUGAAGAGUGGGAGAAAUGUGUGGUGCAUAGAGAUAUAAAGUCAAGCAAUGUGAUGUUGGAUUCAAAUUUCAAUGCCAAGCUUGGGGAUUUUGGGUUGGCUAGGCUGGUGGACCAUGCCAAAGGCUCACAAACAACUGUUCUGGCUGGCACAAUGGGUUACAUGGCUCCUGAAUGCGCCACGACAGGAAGGGCCAGUAAGGAAUCAGAUGUUUACAGCUUCGGGAUGGUCGCUUUAGAAAUUGCGUGUGGAAGAAGGCCGUUCGACCCGAAUGCAGAGGAAGGGAAGAUGGUGAUGGUGGAGUGGGUUUGGGAGCUUUAUGGCUCUGGAAAUCUUGUUGAAGCAACUGAUCCCAAACUCCAUGGAAGCUUUCAGGAUGAACAACAACAACAACAACAAAUUGAGUGUUUGAUGGUGGUGGGUCUGUGGUGUGCUCAUCCAGAUAGAAAUUGCAGGCCUUCAAUGAGACAAGUGAUUCAUGUGUUGAACUUUGAAGCACCAUUGCCAGUUCUUCCCUCACAACUACCUACACCCAGUUAUCUAUCUCUUCCCAUUGGUGGAUCAGUUGCAGCUUCUUCUUCAUUUUCAGGUACUUGUUCAAAUGUCAUCACUAAUUCUUCACAAGACACUGUUUCUUCUUCUGCCUCUAAUUUUUCUGCAUCUGUUUCACUUUUGAACACACGAUAAUUCAAGUCUCAAUAAUGAGUAAAUGUUAUGUGCAUCCUACUGUAUUAUUAGGGAAAUUGGAGUAUCUAACCUCAUUCUAUAA